CCUGAACAAACAAAAUCAUUAUAGGCAAAUUCUUGUUAGUUAUCGCGUCCAGUCAAAUGUGCAUGAUAAUCAUUCCUUUACGUUCGACCUUAAAAAUCAUACGUUAUCGGUAUCACGUGGGAGCUGGACGUCCGAUGCGUCGUCCCUUUCUACUUGGGAACAUCGUGCAAUCCAUUCACUCUUCGGUCACUGGCUCAUACUUUCUUCGAGUUAUUCAUAGUACGCAUGCGGUAACAGUGUCAAAACGCAGCUCUCUCCGACGUAACCUCAAUUUUAAUUAAUAUCAAUAAAUAGCUAAAAUGCGGCCCUUUUCCCAUUUAGAGAAUUGGGGAAUAGUGGUUUCUGUGUUAAUUCUAAUUUAUAUAGUGAAGAAAAUAUGGGACGUCGUGUACCUGUUUGUUAUCGGACCCGUUGUGAAUAAAGUGGAUGUGAAAUCCUACGGGAAAUGGGCACUGGUCACUGGCAGUACAGAUGGAAUAGGCAAAGAAUAUGCCAGACAGUUGGCAGAACGAGGCUGUGAUAUUGUUCUAGUCAGUAGAUCAAUGGACAAAUUGAAGACUGUAGCAGAGGAAAUAGAAAAGGACUUCAAGGUUCAAACUAAGGUAGUACAAAUAGAUUUCUCUGGUGAUGUUAGCAUAUACGACAAACUCUCCAACGAGAUAAAAGACCUGGAAAUUGGCACUGUGGUCAACAAUGUGGGUCUUUCGUAUCCAUAUCCUGAAUAUUUCUUGGAUUUGCCUGAAUGGACAAACCUCGUGACGAACUUGAUCAACAUAAACGUAGUGUCAAUGUUAAGAGUGACUGGCCUCGUGUUGCCCGACAUGGUGAAACGUGGGAAAGGAAUCGUCAUCAAUAUUGGCUCCGGAUCUUCUGAAAUACCAGCACCGCUUCUCACUAUUUAUGCUGCAACUAAGGCGUUCACUACAAAGUUCUCCGAGGGUCUAAGGCACGAGUACUCCAGGCAAGGCAUAUUGGUGCAGCAUAUUGCUCCAGGCUUCGUUGCCACAAACAUGUCCAAGAUCCGAAGGACGAGUUUCUUCGCUCCAAACGCGAAGACUUUCGUCAAGUCCGCCCUUAAUUUACUGGGAACAGCCUCAGAAACCAAUGGAUACUUUGCCCAUUCCCUCCUCAUUACUUCAGUACAAUUCUUCAGGACAAUUUCGGAUAGCUUCACCACCUGGAUGACCAGACGAAGCAUGGAGAACAGCAGGAGAAUAAUGCUCAAAAAGUAUAAAUCAGCUUAGUUUCUUAUGCCGCUUAGCAUGCUUAAAUUUUAAGUGGAGGUAAACGCCUAAUAAUAAAAGUCACGCAGAAGCACCUUCCGACAAAAUGACAGCCUUAAAUAUUGGGGUAUUAUUUGUGGUUGUAAAUAUGAUUUUGAAUGAGUAGAAAUUAGAAAUAAGUUCACUAUGUCCAUAAUAAUGUUCCCGAAACUGGUAUAACAUACAUAACUAAUUUCAGUGGUUUAUCAUUCUUCUUCUAAACUUUACCCUUAUCGUUUCGGUAAAGUUUAUUUUCUUAGUUUAAAUAUCAGUCAGAUGAAUGUUAUCCUAAAAUAUUGGAAUAUUUUUGAACACCAAAGAAUUUUAAAAUGUAAAUGAUUUUGCGCCAAUCAACACAUACCUGUUGUAUAUUUUAUAAUAUUCUCUCUUCUAGUUUCAACAUGAAAACUAUAAUUUAUCUUAGCAACAUCUUGAACUGCUUGCAGGUUAUGUGCCCGACAAGAUUUAUAUAAAAAUGCGAAAAAGAAUUAUAAUUUUUUGUGUAAGAUUUGAACUUUAUAAAGAAAAAAAAUUAUGGAGCAUGCUUUCACAAAUUCAAUUUGGUAUUAUUAAUCAAUCCUUUAUAACAUAUUUCCUAAGAUUCAUUUUUGCCUUCGAUUAUAUCCUAACUUCUUGCACUUUGUCUCUUUGUAAAAUGUUUCCUUCUUUCUCAACAAUGCAUGGCAAAAUUUACCUUUUGGCAAAUUGAUGAUUUUCAAAGACAAUAUGUAUAAUAUGGUCUAGUAAAGUGUGGUUAAUUUGUUUACCCUCUUUGGGAUCUCUAGUCUAAAUUUGAAAAUGUUAAUUUCGUGAAUUAAGUAAUAAUUAUAAUAACAUCAUGUAGCUUUAUAAUGUUUAAAAAAAAACUUCGACUUCUUGACUAAAGUGGUGUAUUAAUAGUUGCAUUUUUAUAGAUUUUUAGUUUAAUAAGACAUGUUUAAUGGGCAAUUAAUUCAUUUAUAAAGCUGUGUGAUAUUGUAAAUAUAACUGUAAAAAUAAAAGAGCGGUGUGUAGUCUUGGGUUCCUGAAUAAAAUAUUAAAACAUA